AUGGCCGAUCAAUUCCCCGCCGCUCCGCCUCCCCUUCCGCUCAAAAUCAUAGCCGGGGCCGACGGCUUCGGCCGCCCUCUCAAAGACGCCCUAGUCGCCCAUCUCAAGUCCCUCGGCAACAUCGACGUCGAAGACCUCGGCACUUCCUCCUACUACUCCAUCGCCGCCGAGGUCGGCCGCCGCGUCUCCGCAGCCAGCGGCUUCCCCGAAGUACGCGGCCUCGUCGCCUGCGGAACCGGCGCCGGCGUCUCCAUCUUCGCCAACAAGUUCCCCGGCGUCUUCGCCGCCACGUGUCUCUCCCCCGCCGACGCCGUCAACGCCCGAUCCAUCAACAACUCCAACGUCCUCGCCGUCUCCGGGAUCUCGACCCCGCCGGAAUCCGCCAUCGAGAUCCUCGACACGUGGCUCACAACCCCCUUCAAGGCCCCUUGCCCGGCGAGCAAUCUCAAGCCCUGGAGCGACGAAAUUGAAUCCUUCCUUGACAAUUCCUUGAUCGAAAUGCCCAAAAUCGGCGCCGCCUCCGCCUCCGCGGCGGCGGAGGAGAAAUUGGCGCCGUGCGCGCUCUGCUGCUUGGCGAAGAGCCGGAAACUGGACCCGAUCGAGAUAAUCCCCGGAGGAGCGAUGAAGAUCGUGCGAGAGAGCCCGACCUCGGCGAUCGUCAGCUUCAAAGCCGGCAGCGUGGAGCCGGCGCACCACCACACUUUCGGCCACGACCUGCUGGUGAUGAAAGGUAGCAAGAGGGUCUGGAACUUGACCAAGGAAGCCAAGUACGAUCUCGUUGCCGGCGAUUAUCUGUUUACUCCGGCGGGAGAUGUUCACAGGGUGAAGUAUUUUGAAGACACGGAGUUCUUCAUCAAGUGGGAAGGGAAGUGGGACAUUUUCUUCGAUGAGGAAAUGGAAGCUGCCAAGGUCGCCAUUGACAAAGAAGCUGAGGAUGGCUAUCAGUUGAUCAAGUAG